UGAGGGGGUCCCGGGGUCGCACGCGGCCCGCCUGUGGUGGCAGCCAGCAGCUCGAAAACCUCCGCGCAGCCGGGGCGGGUGGCACAGACCCCGCUCACGGCAGCUGGGACCGGCAACGGCCUUUAAGUUACCGGCCUCGAAACCGCGUGAGGCCGCCGGGCACCGCGUUCGUAACGGAGCCUGGGCUGCGCUCGGUAUCGGGCCCAGUGUGAGCGGCGGUGUGACGGUGCCGUGCCCUGAGCACCGAGGGUGCCAAAUGUUUUACUGAAAAACAUCAAGACAAAGCUGCUGCAUAGAAAGCUAACAACUUCAAUUAGCAAAGUAGUCCUCCUAUAAGAAGAAGCAGAACAGCAGGACCUGAAAUAAUGUUAAAUGCGUAAUGAUCUUUGAACAAGUGGAUAUACAACCUCGCUGAAGAUGUCUGUUCAAAGCCAGCACCGGCCCAUUAUUAUUAACCCUCCUCCACCAGAAUACAUAAAUAACAAAGGUUGUGGAUGUCAAACAAACCAACUUCAGUACUUACAGAGGGUGGUCAUGAGAGCCAUGUGGAGACACAACUUUUCCUGGCCAUUUCACCAACCUGUAGAUGCAGUAACACUGAAUCUGCCUGAUUAUUACACUAUCAUAAAAAACCCUAUGGAUUUAGGCACCAUCAAAAAGCGUCUGGAACACAAUUACUACACAAGAGCUGCAGAAUGUAUUGAAGACUUUAAAACUAUGUUCUGGAACUGCUACAUGUACAACAAGCCAGGUGAUGACAUUGUGUUUAUGGCCAAAGAGCUAGAAAAACUGUUUAUGCAGAAAAUAGCCCAAAUGCCACCAGAAGAAAAACUACUGAGUUCCAAUAAAGGAAAGAGAAAAGGAAAGAAGACAGAAGAAACAUGGCAGCCCAACCCUGGGACUUCAAAUGAACAAAGCACAAAUGAGCACCAACAAGCUGAAAGCAGUGAGCAGCCUCCAGUGAUGACUCAAGAGCAACAGCAGGUGACACUGGCUCCUUUGUCUGCAGCUCAGCUGACUGCUUUAAUGCCAGCUGCAGCCUCUGUAACAAAAGCAAAAAAAGGUGUAAAAAGGAAGGCUGACACUACAACUCCUACUACUUCAAUAGUUGCAGCAAAUGGAGAAUCUUCUGCAAUGUUUUAUGAAAGAAAAGCUGUUAAAGCAUGUAGAAGUGAAAAUGAAUGUAUGGUAUCAAAUAAGCUUCUGAAGAAACCAUUUUCAGAUUCUGAACAGCCACCUGGAAUUACUAAAAAGAUUCAGUUGUCAGAACAACUAAAACAUUGUAAUGCAAUACUUAAAGAAAUGUUUUCAAAGAAACAUGCAGCAUAUGCAUGGCCUUUCAUAAAACCUGUAGAUGUGGCAUCGUUCUCCACUGAUGUGAACCAAGCCAAUUCCAAAUGUCCUACAGACCUAGGAACCAUUAAAAAGAAAAUGGAUAACUUCGAAUAUAAUGAUAUACAAGAAUUUGCUACAGAUGUUAGAUUAAUGUUCAUGAGCUGCUAUAAACGUAAUUCUUCAGACCAUGAAAUAGUUGCUAUGGCAAGAAAACUUCAGGAUGUUUUUGAAAUGCACUUUGCUAAAAUUCCUGAUGAACCUGUUGCAAGUGAUCAUCUGCCACAUCCUGGGAGAGAAAUGAAAGAAGCUUAUUCCAGUGAAAGUAGUAAUGAUAACUCCUCAGAAGAAAAAUCAUCUGAAGACUCUGAAGAGGAAAGAGAAGUGCACCUCAAAAAGCUUCAGGAGCAACUUAAAGCUCUUCACCAGCAGUUGUGGCUUUUGACCAAAGCAUGUUUAUCUAGACCAGAAAAGAAAAAAGGGAAGGCUAAAAGCGAGAAAAGAAAGAAUAAGGAGAAAGCAGAAACAGAAAGCUUGAUUCAAAAGAAGAAAAAUCUGAAAUACAUGAAGAAAUCUAAGAAAAAUCUGUCUUUAAACAUUCAAUCAAAGAAAACCAUGCAGCAGGUCUUGUUGGCACAUAAGUCAGAAGAUGAAGAUGGUGCCAAACCUAUGAAUUAUGAUGAAAAACGACAGUUGAGUUUGGACAUAAAUAAACUCCCUGGAGAUAAGCUUGGGAAAGUAGUCGAUAUAAUACAGUCAAGAGAACCUGCACUGAGGAACUCUAACCCUGAUGAGAUAGAAAUAGAUUUUGAAACCUUAAAUGCUUCAACACUCAGAGAACUAGAGAAAUAUGUAGCAACCUGUUUGAGGAAGAAACAAAGAAAGCAGGCUAAAAAAACAACAAAGUCAAAAGAAGAAUUUAAUUUUGAGAGGAAACAAGAGCUAGAGAAGAGACUACUGGAUGUCAAUGGUCAACUAAACCCAAAGAAGGAGAGCUUCAAGAUUGAAAACAAUGCUGAGUCAAGUACUGGGCCAAGCAGACUGAGUGACAGCAGCAGCAGCUCUUCAGAUUCCAGCAGCAGCACCAGCAGUGAUUCUAGCUCCUCAGAUAGCAGCGACUCUGAAUCAGUUACAGAAACCUGUUCGAAACAGACUGGAGCCAGGCAGAACUGUCCAGCUUCUAUGGAAAAGUCUAAGAAGACAUCCUGCAAUGCUGUUCUGCAAGCACAGCCCUCCUCUCUUACUAGCAGCCUGCAAAAUCAUGGAUCAUCUGAACUGCAGCAGCAACCUCCCAAUGUACUGCAAAGGUUUCAGUGCCUUAAUCCAUCAGAACAAAAUGCUCAGACUCUCUCAGAUAACAUCUCAGCUGUACCUGCUCUGCAUGAUGCUCCAGACCAGCAAACUCCUCAGAGCACUCCAAAGACAAAUCAGUCUUCUGUCACCCACUCCAGAAAUGUUCUUCCAGAGGUGUCCAACACCAUUUUGCAAGUUGACGGUGCAGACUGGACUAAACAAGCUGAGCAAACAAGGCAGCUAGACAAAUCAAAUAAACUUCAAAACAAGACCAACGCGAGAACUGCUGAUUUAAUAUCCAUAAGUCAAGAACAAAGUCAUUGUACCCUCAAUGAUCAACCUAAUGAUAAAAACAUACUAGAGCCAAUAUCUGAACUUCUUCCAAGAAAGGAGACAGAAUUGAAGACUGUAGGUUCCUGGGUAAGCCUAUGUAAAACAAUGAAGCUUCCAGCUCCAAUAAAAGCAUCUGCAGAGAGCUUCAAUCAGUUCAGAGAUGCAGUAUUAAAGAGGAGUGGGCAAGUGCAAGAGUCAAAAAGGUCUCUUCUGCAAGCUGAGAAGGAGCUGCAAAAUCUUCCACAAGAAAACAAAAAGUUUGUAACCACUUCUGUGGGCCAUGAAAGCACAGGAUUGGAUGCCAUGGCAGAGACACACUGUGAGCUUGAAAAAGAAAUACAAGAGAGUAAAGUGCCUGAAGCUCAACAACAUAUUCUUGACCAAGACCGUAACUUGGCUAGAAAAAUGGAACAAGAGCGCAGGAGGAAGGAAGCAACGGCUUGGAUAAUUGAUGUGAAUCUGCAGAGAGAUAUUAUGGCAUCUUUUGAAGAAUAUCUUGAGUGAAAGUAGUAGUCUGCAUAGAAUUUAACUUCAAACUACUAUGAGCAGCAUAGUUUUGUACUAGUUAGGAUCUUAUGUUCAGACCACUUUAAAGGUCUUCUAUAAAAUGCUUUGUAUUAAAAGCUUGUUCAUUAAUAGCUGAAGUGUCACAAGAUUUAUUUCUUUUUACUGCUUGUUUUUAACAUAUCAUCUAGUCAGCUACACAGUGGAAUGGAGUUGUUCAUUUAUUGCAGUUUCAUAUGUUGUGUAUAUAUGGUAUUAAAAAAAUCUCUCUCCUGUGACACACCUGCACAGAAUCUGGGCUGUGACAAAAAGAUCUCUCUAAAAGUGAUGCUGUCUGAGGGGUGUGUAACAUUACUUGUAAUCACAAAAAAGCUUCCAUUAACUCUAUUAUUUCAGCAGCAAAUCUUAUGUACUUGCAUGUCUUUUAAGGCCCAGAUGUGUUUAAUGUAUUUUAUGUUAACAUAGCAUUUAGCUAAGGGUGCAAACAUGUUUACCACAUAGUUCUGUUCUUCUCAGGAAGAAAUUAUGGAAAAUUGGCUCCAGUUUGAAAGGUUUUCUGAUUGAUGCAAGAUAUUAUUAAUGUCAAAAAAUUGUCUGAGGUAGAAACCAGAAUGUAAAAACCACACCUUCUUGUUGUUUAUAUACAGCUAUGGGAAAUUAAUGUGGGACUAAUGAAACAUUGGUUUAUAGAAUUAACACCAAAACACAACAUGUAUUACAGAAAUGCUGGGGGGAACAGGACCCCCUUCAGACAAUCUAUUUCAGUAAUCUCCAAGCCCUUUUUGUCAUAUACCCCAUCAUUUAAAUAUUUUAAGCAUGGACCAUGUGUAUUUAUUGAUUUAUAAAUUAUAUACAAUAUUCCACUGUAGUAGUAUAUUUUUUAUAUUACAUUAUAAUAUUUUCAAUUUCUGUUUUUAACCCUGCUUAUUUAUUUUAUUUUGUAGUUUAUAAAAUUGUAUUCAAUAUUUUCUUCCCACACUCCACUUUGGAGACUACUGAUCUCAUUGAGCCUCCCACUCAAAACUCUCUCCCUACGGAGAACUUUGAUUUGUCAAGUUUCUGGAUGAAAAGUGAACGUAACACUGCCAGUUGUGGUGAGGUUCUACCACAGACAAUUAAAUUAAGUAAGAUAAGUCAACAAAACUUUCCAUAAAUAACUGAAUUUUCAGAGAAAGACAGUAGAUUGCUUCUAAACUCAAAAAUGCCAGCUUAACACAUGCCCAGAAAUGGUAGCCUGGUCUUUCAGGUAGCAGGCUGAUGAGUUAAUGCUAGUUCAAAUAUUUAUUGGAUAUUUAUUAUUUAUUACUUUAUUAUUCAAUAAAGUAAUUGUGGAUCUUCAAA